CCUUCCUUUCAAUCCCUCCCUCCCUCCCUCCAUCCCCGCCUCCACCCGGCCAGCCGGCCAGCCUACUAGCUACCGCCGUUCGCCCGCCGCUAUAUAUACCGCUCCGUCUCCCUACCCGCUUCUCGUACCCAUUUGUCUUCGCCCUCCUCGAGUCCUGGCCUGCGGUUGGUGCUGAGAUCGAGCUGUGGUUGUGCGGCCGUGUAAUCGCCCGUCCCUUGGUUUGCGAGAUGGCCGGGGUGGUGGAGGAGCUGGUGAAGAAGGCCGGCGGGUGCGCGGUGAUCGACGGCGGCUUCGCCACGCAGCUGGAGGCGCUCGGCGCCGACAUCAACGACUCGCUCUGGAGCGCCGCCUGCCUCAUCACCAAGCCGCACCUCAUCAAGGAGGUCCAUAUGCAGUAUCUUGAAGCUGGUGCCGACGUCAUCAUCUCCUCGUCCUACCAGGCAACUAUCCCGGGGUUCCUGGCCAGAGGACUGCUCCUGGAGGAGGCAGAAGGAUUACUGCGAACCAGCGUCCAGCUGGCACGGGAGGCCCGAGACGAGUUCUGGAAGUCGACGCUGCGGAGCUCCAAGCCCGUCUACAACCGCGCCCUCGUUGCCGCCUCCAUCGGGAGCUACGGAGCCUACCUAGCGGAUGGAUCAGAGUACAGUGGGUCGUACGGAGACGACGUCACGUCGGAGAAGCUCAAGGACUUCCACCGGCGCCGGCUGCAGGUCCUGGCGAGCGCGGGGCCCGACCUGAUCGCGUUCGAGGCCAUUCCCAACAAGAUGGAGGCUAAGGCUCUGGUUGAGCUUCUAGAGGAGGAGAACAUCCAGGUGCCGUCGUGGAUCUGCUUCAGCUCGGUGGACGGCAAGCACCUCUGCUCGGGGGAGAGCUUCGGGGACUGCCUCGAGAUCCUCAACGCCAGCGAGAAGGUCGCCAUCGUGGGGGUGAACUGCACGCCGCCUCAGUUCGUGGAGGGCAUCAUACGCGACUUCAAGAAGCAAACGAAGAAGGCGAUCGCGGUGUACCCCAACAGCGGCGAGGUCUGGGACGGGAGAGCCAAGAGGUGGCUGCCGGUGGAGUGCUUCGGCCGCAAGAGCUUUGACGUGAUGGCGAGGCGGUGGCAGGAGGCCGGCGCCAGCCUCGUGGGAGGAUGCUGCCGGACGACGCCGUCGACCAUCCGGGCGGUCUCCAAUGCGCUCAAGAGCAGGAACGGGCAGUGACAUCUUCUUCAGAAGUUCAGAGUCGCGGUUUCGUUUCAGUCCCGAGGAGGUGUAGAAUGUCUCAUGAUGUGUACUUCUGACGUGCGCCAAUCGUAUUUGGGCACUGGUUAUCCAGUCAUCAUGGAUUCGGGUGUAGGAUGUCAGGUUCUUUACCAAAAUCAGUCCAUCAGGAUGUUCUAAGAUGGCUGCUCCAGAUUUGUCUAAGAAGAUUAUGAUGUAAUCAUGAUUUUCACCUGAUUCCCUCUA